UUCCUUAAAAAAAAGCGCCAUUCAGUUCAAGAACCCCAACAUUAAAAUUAUCGUCAAUAUAUACAUUUUUUAAAAUGUAUUUUGACAUCUUUGGUGUAUUUAAACGUUCCCGCUUACGCCGUAUCAACAUGCAAACGGAGAUCACGUUCAACGAACUAGACACAAACAGCACAGCUCGCCUGUAUCAUACCGCGAUGGCUGACGGGAACGACAACCUAUAAUUCUCCAUAAAAUUCUCAACAAAAGCUUUGGCGACAACAGCAGUUUGUGAUCUGAAAAUGCAAGAUGAUAUCGUGAUGGAUUAGUUUGACGAAUAUCUGAGAGUGAAGUCAUAUUUUUACACUAGGCAGGGAUAAGAACGCUGCGAAGUGUAUUCUGGGUAUGGAAGAAAUCCUUGGGAAUAGAAAGAAAUGUGCAGUUAACCUAUAUGGGUAUUAUAAAGGCGUAAAUGUUAAGUAAACUUCAUAUCGAUGUCUGUGCGAGUGAAGUUCAUCGUUAAGGAAUAUACCUUCAAUGCAAAUUAUGGUUUUGACUGCAUCAAGACGGAAUAUCACGUCACGUGACUAGCCCAGCAUUAUGGGGUGGGCAUUAGUUUCUGGUCUCUUACCGUGUGGAUAUGCAAUACACCACGGCUUUCAUAGUUAUUUGUAUUCUUCCUUGGCUUUUUAAGAGUUGGGAAAAGUUAUUAAGCCUAAAAUGAAUUUGAAAGCUCUCUUUCUCCAACCAAAUCAUUACAAUAGGUACUGAUAAGAUAUGCUGAUGGAUGCAGGGCUGAACCUGGUGUUCAGGUCAUGGCUGUGUUUAAUUCUGCUGAAUUGGCCUACCAGAGAAUUUUUCCUAGUCAGAAGAUGUCACGUAACUCUGAUUGAUGUUUCUGUCAGUCGCAGUGUACCGUAAACAGGUUGAGGAGGACCAGCCACUACAGAGAGCUGGUGAUUCUGCAGGUGGUUUGGGUAGAACUUCAGCAAACUAAGUGUCAGGUUUGUUCAAUAGAAUUUUAAGAUCAUGGGUGAUAUGAAGACCCCUGACUUUGAUGACCUGCUUGCUGCCUUCGACAUCCCUGACAUGGUCGAUCCCAAGGCGGCCAUAGAGUCAGGCCAUGAUGACCAUGAUGGGCAGCUCAAGCAAAGUGUUCACUCUGAGGAGGAAUCACAGGUCCCUUCAACACCUGACGUGGGUGUCAGUGUCAUUGUGAAGAACAUCCGUAACAUUGAAGCCAGUGAGCAUGCACAUACAGAAAAGGAGAUUCACCCCUCUCUGGGAAAUGGACUUCAAAAUGGAUUCUUGGCCAUGCCCUCUAAUGAUCGAUAUGGAAAAGACAUCGGAAAGUCUCUGAGUGAUGAAGGACAUGGACUGGCAAUGAAUAGCUCCUCUUUCAACCAGUUCAGUCCAAUUUCCAGUGCAGAAGAAUUUGAUGAUGAUGAUAAAAUUGAAGUGGACGAUCCAUUGGACAAGAAAGACAAUCUGCCCGGUUUUCGAGCGAAUCCCCUAACUGGAUCAGCUGAAAAGAAAGAAGAUGAAUCCCCAGAUGUCAUUUCGGGGGACUUAUUAAGCAGGUCUGGGACAAAUGGAGAUUUUGAUAAAACCAGUAUAGAAACCAACAAUAGCUUGAACUUGUAUGAUAUUCAGAAACCAAGGAAAAUAGAAGAUUCCAAAGAGAGAGCAUCAAAUUCUCUAGAUCAAAAAGAAAGUGGGGAUGGUGCAAGUCUUAGUAUGUCCAGUGUGUCUCAGGCGAAGUCGAAAUCAUCAUCUAAGCUCUCCUCCUGUAUUGCUGCUAUUGCUGCUCUGAGCGCAAAGAAAGCUACAACCGAUCCUGUAAUUCCUGACCUGCACACAUUCCCUCGUGAUUCACCCAUGGAGCCGAAAGAGAGCCCCAGAGUCAGUGAAAAGCCUGUCGAUCCCGAGCCGGCACUGGAGCUGGUGAAGAAGAUAUUCUCCAAACAGCCAGAGAGUCCCUGCAGUGUCACCAGUGAAAGCAGCAGCAAAGGGUCUCCCUCUUCCCCUGCAGGCUCUAUUCCAGUUAUCCCCAAAGUCAGAAUUAAAACUAUAAAGACUUCUUCAGGUCAGAUCAAGCGUACGGUCACCAGAGUCCUCCCCGAGUUUGAUCCUGAAGGUCUUAAAAAAGGGACAGACCAUGCCUCGAUUGUGGUUUCCUCCCUGUUAUCUUCCCCAACAUCCACAUCCGUGUUUUCACCCCCUUCCCGGACAUCACUGCCCACCCCGGUGGUCGCCACUUCUGCUAGUGCGCCAAUAGAAGUCACUAAGCAGAUGACCAUUAAGCCAGUAGCUACUGCUUUUUUGCCUGUUUCUGCGGUUAAGACUGCGGGCUCCCAGGUGAUCAACCUCAAGCUGGCUAACAACACCACAGUAAAAGCCACGGUCAUCCCUGCUGCUUCAGUGCAGAGUGCUAGCAGUGCUAUUCUCAAGGCUGCGAACGCCAUCCAGCAGCAGACCGUAAUGGUGCCUGCCUCUAGCCUUGCCAAUGCCAAACUUGUACCAAAGACUGUCCACCUCACAAACCUCAACCUUCUUCCUCAGUCAUCAACAAACACUUCGGAGCUCCACCAGGUGCUAUCCAAGCCACAACAGCCCAUUAAGCAGGCUUUGAUUGCUGCUCAGCCGCCUAAAAAAGUGUCUCGAGUCCAGGUACUUGCCAGCUCACAGAGCUCUGUUGUCGAAGCCUUCAAUAAGGUCCUAAGCAGCAUCAAUCCAGUUCCAGUCUAUGUGCCGAAUCUAAGCCCCCCAUCUGCUGCCUGCAUCUCCAUCCCAUCACGUGGAUACAAAUGCCUGGAGUGCGGCGACUCCUUCGCUCUCGAGAAGAGCCUCACUCAACACUAUGACCGCAGGAGUGUCCGCAUAGAAGUGACUUGCAAUCAUUGUACCAAGAACCUAGUCUUCUAUAACAAGUGCAGCCUCCUAUCUCACGCCCGGGGACACAAAGACAAAGGGGUUGUCAUGCAGUGCUCGCACCUAAUCCUGAAACCCAUCCCUGCAGACCAGAUGAUCGCCUCACCCUUACAUUCCUCUGUCUUGGCUACCACCACUGUCCACAAUUCCAUGGUGAAUUCAGUGGGAAAGACAACGCCUAGCCUCCUCAGUACGGUGGUCUCUGCCCCUUCCACGGCCCCAGUUGUGGCUGCUAUGCCCCUUGAAGAAGACUCGUCGAGGCUGUGUAGGCACAGCUUGAAAUGCUUUGAAUGCAGUGAAAUGUUUCAGGAUGAAGCUUCUCUUGCAAUGCACUACCAGCAGGCCGUGGAGUCAAGCGGACAGAAAACGUGCAACAUUUGCCAAAUGCUGCUCCCAAACCAGUGCAGCUUUGUGUCACACCAGCGGAUCCACCAGCACAAGUCCCCUUACAUCUGUCCAGAGUGCGGCGCAGUCUGCCGUUCGGUCCACUUCCAAACACAUGUCACCAAGAACUGCCUGCAUUACACCCGGAGGGUGGGCUACCGCUGUGUACAUUGUAGCGUCAUCUAUGCUGACGUAGCUGCCCUCAAGUCUCACAUCCAGGGCACUCACUGUGAGAUCUUCUAUAAAUGCCCCAUCUGCCCCAUGGCUUUUAAAUCUGCCCCAGGGACACACUCCCACGCUUACACUCAGCAUCCUGGUGUCAAGAUAGGAGAACCCAAGCUGAUUUACAAGUGCUCUAUGUGUGACACUGUGUUUACCCAACAAACUCUGCUCUACUCCCACUUUGACCAACACAUUGCCAAUCAGAAAGUAUCUGUCUUCAAGUGUCCAGACUGUUCCAUGCACUACGCUCAAAAGCAGCUCAUGUUGGACCACAUCAAGUCUAUGCACGGUACUCUUAAGACCAUUGAAGGUCCCCCUAAUUUGGGAAUAAACUUGCCUCUCACUACUAAGCCCACUAAUCCUAUGGCCCAAAGCCCCAACAAGGAGGUCAACACAUUAAACGGGAUGGAGAAGAGUGAAAAGAAGCCCCAGCCCCCCCUGAAACGAAGCAGCACAUCAGCCCUCCCCAAGAAGCCCACUAACCCUGGCUGGAUGUGCCGUGAGUGUGACAGACUGUUUACCCAGAAGGAAGUCUACAUCUCCCACAUGAAGAGGGAGCACGGCAAGCAAAUGAAGAAACACCCCUGUCGGCAGUGUGACAAGUCCUUCAGCUCCUCCCACAGCCUCUGCAGGCAUAACAGAAUUAAGCACAAGGGUCUCCGUAAGGUCUAUUCCUGCCCACACUGUCCUGAGCCCAAUCGCAGUUUCAGUAAGCGACUGAUGUUGGAGAAGCACAUUCAGCUCAUGCACGGCAUCAAAGAGGGGAAAACGACAACCGACUCCACAAACAUUGACGACCCUUCAGAGAAGGAAUUUGCCCAGGCCUCCAGCCCCAAGCGCAAACAGGAGGAGAAUUCCAUGGGCUUCCGUUCCCGAGGAGCGUCUGCGCAGCCGCUGAAGAAACUCAAGAUUAACGUGUUUAAGGUGCACAAAUGUGCAGUGUGUAGCUUCACCACUGAGGACAUUGUGCAGUUCCACGAACACAUUCCUCAGCAUAAGUCAGACGGCUCUUCUUACCAGUGUCGGGAGUGCGGCUUGUGCUACACGUCCCACAAUUCCCUGUCCCGGCACCUGUUCAUCGUGCACAAGCUGAAGGAGCUACAGGGGCUGUCCCGGCAGAACGGCGCUGGCGACCAGGGUCAGCAGGAGAACCAGCUGAGUCCCGAGGACGCCGGUAAUGACGGAGCGUCGGAAACAAAGUGCAAAGUGUGUGGCAAGACUUUUGAGACAGAAGGAGCCUUGAAUACCCACAUGAGGACACAUGGUAUGGCCUUCAUAAAGUCUAAAAGACUGAAUACAGCAGACAAGUGAAAAGGCAUUCCAAGAAAACUCUGGAAAUAUCACCCUCUCUAUGGAUUCGAGUUUUCUUACGUUUUUGCCACUUGCAGUGCUAUAACUGCAACAGUAUAAUUAGACUAUUCUGAGACAUUAGUCCCUUUCUCCACUCACCUCUAUAUUUAUACAUACAUACAUACAUGUGUGUUUGUGUGUGUAUUUAGAAGUGUAUAUCAUAUAUGCAUACGGACGCGCACACAUACACACACACACACACACACAUAUAUAUAUACGUACUCCUUAAGUGUUUAAAAAUGUAAUAUAUUUAAAAGCUAUGUAUAUUUAAAUUUAAGAGGAUACAUUUUGUACAAGAAACAUAUUUAUAUGUGUGUUUUUUUAAUCAGCAUUUAUUUUAAAAGUACUUUCAGUCUCAUUCACACCUUCAUAUUAUAGGUAACAUCUAAAACAUGGUAAAAGAUGAUUAUCUGGACUGACGUAUCCCAAGAAUUAGUUUUAUUUAGUGUCCUUAUGGCUGAAUAUUUAGUUGUGUUAAUCUUUUUGUUUUCUUAGAAUCGUUCCCAUUUUUUCAUUGGUCGGCCAUGAAAACAGGCUCCCUUGGUCCAGUAUCGGUUAUUUGAUUCUGGGUGGUGUAUGGUGCUGUUUAGAAUAUGAGAUUACCCCCCCAAAUAUUUCUCUGGUUACUGACCAACAUAAAACCCUUUUAAGGUACUCGUUGGAUGCCCAGCUCACCGAGAAAAUACACAACAGUGAAUUUUAAUCAUAUGUUAGAGUGGGAUUUGAAGGACCAAUCGCAAUUUAUCGAAAAAAUAUAUUGGUGCAAAGGCCAAGGUUUUACAUGAGUGCAGUGGGUUUCCUUUGUAGUAAGUGAAAUUUGCUGUAACUUGUAUAUACAAUUGGGAGUUGAGGUUUGUUAAAAAUUUUAAUUCGGUACAAAGGAGAUUUUGUUGAGAUAAACAAAUGAAUUUACAUGAACAGUAGGGCCAACUUAUUUGGACAAUGUUAAUCUUCUACAACCCUAAUGGUGCUGCUGCUCGUAAACUAAGGCUAUUGGGGCUGAAAAUGUUAAAACACAGAAUAAAUGCACUUAAUACCACAGAAUGGAAUAUUUAAGGAUGGUGAAUGUCUGACUUUUGCGAGAGAGAGAGAGAAAAAAAAAGUAAAUCUGUCAACACUUGAUAUUGGGUUAACGUGAAUACAUCUGUGGAAGGCAAAGGUAUGAGUUUUACGAACUUAUGUUUGAUGUGACUUUCAGCCGUAAUAUUCAUGUGACCCCCCCCCUUUGUAUCACUUCAUACUUUGGAUUUAGAUGAAACUUGAAGUUUUUAAAGUAUUGUCUACUUUUGUAUAACAACAGUUUCAGUAUGGUUACUUCAGUUCUGGGUUGGAAUGAUAGGUUGUUCUUCUGCACCUUCGAUCAUAAUUUGGUACUUUGUUUAUAUUGCAAAAUAUGGUUAAAUAUCGCUGUUACAAAAUACACAGAAUGAUAUAACCCACUGAAUUCACUAUUCCCUGCUUGACAGCGUUUUGUAAGCGCUUCUAUGUUUCUGGUAAAAUGCUUUGUCAGCAAGAUCCAGCCUUGCUUUCUCUUCCAGGUAGGUGCUGUUUCGCAGCUGUAAGUGUUGUCGUUGCUGCUAAGUCUCUAAGGAAUGUUCAGACAUGUACUUUUGGAGUAGAAAAAGGCAUUUUACUUUGCAUUUCUGCAGAGGAUAAUCAGCCAUCCGUUGGAGGUAUUUUCUUCCAUGCUUCAAAAUUCUGUUUCAUUAUGAAUUACAACAACAUCCGGUUACUAAGAACAUAAGUUUGAAUGGAAGCGCUCCACAAGUUGAUUUUUUAGGAAUCAUGUCUGUUGCAGUGUACUUGUAAUAAGCCAUAUGUGCUUUUUGUGUGAGGGACUUUACGUUUGAGAUGUAUCAUACUGUGUCUUUUGUCUCCGUUUUUCUUCUCAGGCAGCUCUUUACGAUCAUAACUAGAUUAGUUAUGAUGGAAAUGUAUUUUUUUUCCUUUGCACAUAUCUCAAGUUAUAUAGGCUUUCACCUUUUUGUUAGUACGAAUAAUUGUUUUUCUAAAAUGUAGUAAAUGUAAAUACACCACAACUCCCUUCAUUUCUCAUAGCGUAAUAAAAUUAAAAAGUUUAAAAAUGAGCACGGGCAUAGUAUGGUUUGCCAAACUCUGUCUUCUCAUUUUAUUUAGUGAAUGUUCAAAUGCAGUGCUGGGGCAGUGAGUUUACACCCAAUCAGAUUUCAGACCUUUAAUGGAGACAAGCUAAGAGAGACAGCCUGACUGAGAAUGGGGGAACAUGCUGACCUGUAAGGGGUAUGUUACUCUCCUUAUUCAACUACAAAGUAACUCUCAGAAAUCUAAAACAUGUCCCAGUGAAGGCUUUCGUGUCCUACUCCUGUUGGGCAGGAUUAACAUUUUAUUAUUAUUAUUAUUUUUUUUUUUAAAAAAAAGCAAUGAUAUCAAUCACUUCAAAAGUUUUCUGGUGCCAAGAUAGGACACUAAUGGUCUGUAACCCUCCACUCUCUUGUUCUCUUGCUUCCUGCCAAUCAAUGUUCUCAGAGGAAUUUUGCAAACCAUAUCUUUCCUUUUACUCUUUGUGGACUCUGUGAAUUGUUAAUAGUGGCAAGGGAGACUGACCCAGCUGUCAGAUAUAUUUGGGGGGGGAAACGGACUUGCCUUUUCAAGAAUGUUUAUAUAAAUGUGAAACUGGAGACAGUUACAUGUUCUUAGCUGGCAGUUAGCUGUAGCCAAUCAGUGUCUUUAAAUUUUGAAGUGUUUUACAAUUAAAACGUGUUAAAGUAGAAAAAAAAACUUUAUAUUUGUGCUUUUUGUUUUUUAUGUCGUAUUUCUUUGGAGAUGCAAUGAUUUUGUUAGUCUGGUUUCUUUUUUUUUGUUUUUUUUUUACUUUCCAAGAACACAUUUUGCAUAGAAAUGUAACUGCAUGACAGAAACCAUUAAGGGUUGCUACCUGUUUCUUAGUAUGUGUCUUACUGCUGUUAGUUGUAGAUGUCAAAUGUUCCUGUACAGAUGGUUAUUGAUGUCAAAUAAAUGAAUAAACCUGUCCAGUUCGCUCUU